AGAAGCAGAGCCCAGCUGUGUGUCUAUGAAGAGUGACUGGUCUAUGAAUCGACCAAUACAUUUUAAGAGUGAAAACACGCGACCUGCUGUCAGCUCACGUAAGAGGAAGAGAGCAGAAGCAGAGCCCAGCUGUGUGUCUAUGACGAGUGACGUGUCUAUGGAGUUACCAAGCCAUUUUAGUAUUAAAAUCACACAACCUGCUCUCAGUGUGGAUGGAGAUGAUCAUACUGGAGACCUGCAGCAGGAUUCACUCCAACCAGAACAUGAUGAACUUCAGAGCGUCAAAGACCAGCACAAAACCAUCAUGAAGAACAAGUAUGAGAGAUUAUAUAAGUAUGAGGGAAUCAACCAUCAAGAGACUCAAACUCUCCUAAACAGGAUCUACACACAGCUCUACAUCAUAGAAGGAGAAAGUGAAGGAGUGAAUGAAGAACAUGAGGUUUUACAGAUGGAGAAAACAACCAGAACAAAACCCUCACAACACACUCCAGUCUACUGCAAUGACAUCUUUAAAGCCUCAGCUGGAGCAGGACAUGAGGAGAAGACAAAGGUGGAGAAAGCCCAGAUCAAGACUGUUCUCACUAAAGGCAUCGCUGGAAUCGGGAAAACUGUCUCUGUGCAGAAGUUCAUUCUGGACUGGGCCGAGGGAAAAGACAAUCAGGAUGAAGAUUUCAUGUUUGUGCUUCCAUUUCGAGAGCUGAACUUGAUCAGAGAUCAUCAGUACAGUCUUCACAGACUUCUGCUGGACUUUCAUCCUGAACUUAAAGAUCUGGAGGCCAAUAUUUAUGAGCAGUGUAGAGUUGUGUUCAUCUUUGAUGGUCUGGAUGAAAGCAGAAUCACACUGAAGUUUUCAGAUGAGGAGAAAGUUUGUGCUGUGACUGAAUCUUCAUCAGUGGCUGUGUUGAUAUCGAACCUUAUGAAAGGAGAUCUGCUUCCCUCUGCUCUCAUCUGGAUCACCUCCAGACCAGCAGCAGCCCAUCAGAUCCCCUCCAAAUACAUCAACCGUCUGACAGAAAUUCAGGGAUUCACUGAGCCUCAGAAGGAGGAAUACUUCAGGAAGAGAAUCAGCGAUGAGCAUCAAGCCAGCAGAAUCAUCUCCCACAUCAGAAGAGCAAGAAGCCUCCAGAUCAUGUGCCACAUACCCGUCUUCUGCUGGAUCUCCUCCACUGUGCUUCAGAAGCUCUUGGAAGAAGAUCUGAGUGCAGAAAUCCCUCAAACUCUGACUGAGAUGUACAUCCACUUCCUGCUGAUUCAGAUCAACAUGAGGAAGCAGAAGUAUGAAGAGAGAGAUAGAGAGGAACUCCUGCAGUCCAACAGAGGAGUGAUCGCCAAACUUGCUGAAGUGGCUUUCAGACAGCUGAUGAAGGGCAAUGUGAUGUUCUAUGAGGAGGACCUGAUUGAGAGCGACAUAGACGUCACUGACGCCUCAGUGUAUUCUGGGAUCUGCACUGAGAUCUUCAAGAAGGAAUCUGUGAUUCAUCAGAGGAAAGUCUACAGCUUCAUCCAUCUCAGCUUUCAGGAGUUUCUGGCUGCUUUCUUUGUGUUUUACUGCCAUUUAACAAAGAAGAGAAAACCGCUGAGGUUGAUUUAUAAGAGAGAAUAUUUAUAUAAUCAACAUGUACAGGCCAGGUCUGAGAAGUCUUUGUAUAAACUGCUCAGAUCAGCAAUAAAAAAAGCUGUCAGGAGUAGUAAUGGUCAUCUGGAUCUGUUCCUGCGGUUCUUGUUGGGCGUCUCACUGGUGUCUAACCAGAGACUCUUCCAGGAUCUGCUGACAAACACAGAGAAGAGCUCAGAGAGCAUCCGGAGAAUCAUACUGUACAUUAAGGACAAGAUUAAGAGAGAUGAGCGUCUCUCAGCUGAAAGAUCCAUCAAUCUGUUCCUCUGUCUGCUGGAGGUGAAAGAUCAGACUCUGUCCAGAGAGAUUCAGGAGUUUGUGAAAUCAGACAAACACCAAGAGGAGGAACUCUCUCCUGCUCACUGCUCAACAAUCUCCUACAUGACUGAGAUGUCAGAGGAGCCGCUGGAUGAGUUUGAGCUGAAGAAAUUCAACACAUCAGAUGAGGGAAGACGGAGACUGAUACUAGCUGUGAGAAACUGCAGAAGAGCUCUGUGA